UGCGUUUUCUAAAACAAAAAUUAUCUUGGAUUUAUUCUCCUUAAAACUGCGGACAUAUAUUUAGAGACGGAUUGCUUAUUUUAAGUCAUCUGAAGUGAGAGUGGAAAGGUGUGAGGAAGCUGUUCUAUAAGGAUCGUUCUAUAGCGCUCCAGAAUGUGGGCGGCGAAAUAUGUUUUAUGCGCGCUGGCAUGCGUUGCAUUUGCUUCAGCUUCUCCAAGAUCUGAGCGUAGAAGGAAAAACAUCUUGAGUAUUCCCGAGGAGCAGAAAGUGCCUCCGUCCUUGGCUCCUACUUUAGACAUGAGCUGCUCCGAAGCCAGGAUUCUUGCCCCGGAGAUUAAUCAUGGCAAGGUGAUCCAAUACGAUCGUCGUCGAAGGGGCAAAAAGGUUUUCCUGGUGGCCUUUUACACCUGCGAUGAGAGCUACGAAUUCGAAAACGAGAACACCGAAAUGUUUUGCUCGAACCAAAAGUGGGUGGGUGAGAUUCCAACCUGUAUUCCCCAGCCGGACUAUUCAGAGCCCGAGGAUGAGGCUGAGGAAGAUGAAUUGGAAGAGUACGAGACGGUGCCCAUUGAAGAGUUCGAGGAAAGUGAAAAUGAUAUAGAGUCGGACGAUAAUGAUAGGGAACCACCACCGCCUCCACCGCCACCGGUUAAGGAAGCCGAUCCCGCACCGGAACCAGAUAUCGUUAUUAAUAUUAAUGAAGACAAAACAGAACUUCCCCAAGACCGCGCUCCCCAGCAAUCUGAGAACGAUUCCUUUAUAGAAAUCGAGCCCGAGGCCAAAGAAGUGCCUAACUCCCCGAGCGAAGUACCCAACCCCAGCAGUACAUCCGAUAGGCCCACUAAAGAUCGCUAUGAGCCAACCUUGUUGGAUACCAAUUGCGGAAAAGACAAUGGUGGAUGUGCCCAAAUUUGCAAGAGGUUGCUCUAUCCCGAUGAGAACCAACCCAUAAAGCAGUGUGAUUGUCGAGAGGGUUACACCCUGGAUCCCAAGGAUUAUGUCAGCUGUAUUGAUAUCGACGAAUGUCAGGAGUCGAACGGUGGGUGUUCGGAAAUUUGCGAAAACAUGCCUGGAGAAUAUAAGUGCAGUUGCCAAGCUGGUUAUUACAUAGAUGCUUCUGGAAAAACUUGUGUGGACAUCGAUGAAUGCGCCAAUCCUGAGCUGUCGUCGGACUGCCAAGGUGAUUGCGAGAAUCUUCCCGGCUCUUAUCGCUGUGUGGAGCCACUGGUAGAAAAAGUGGAAACACUCAACUCCACUGAAGUGGUGGAGAGCCCUGUCGUGGAGGACAAUAGUACUCCGUUGAUAACUGUCGUAGAGCCCCCUCCUAAGAAGGUGUGUAAUCCUGGCUUUCAACUUUCCGCCGAUGGUACUGAAUGUCAGGAUAUCGACGAGUGUGAGUUGAGGGUUCCCGGGGGCCGAGGAGUCUGUGAGCAGAAUUGCGAGAAUACUAUCGGAUCCUUCCGCUGCUCCUGCAGUGAGGGAUAUCAACUCUCUGAGGACGAGCACUCCUGCUCCUUGCCGGAAGACCCCUGCAUCGGCAAGUGCUUGCCGGGAAGCUGUUUGGCCAGCGAAGAUAGCACCAGCUUCAGUUGCAUCUGUCCCGCUGGCUACCGAAGUGAGAACUCCGGUUGCCAGGACAUUGACGAGUGUGCCGAGGAUACCCACCUGUGCAGUCAUAGCUGCCAGAACACCCCGGGUGGCUACGAGUGCCUGUGCCCCGAGGGACUCAACCUGGUCGAGGAGUACACCUGUCUGGCCGAAAAUCUCUGCGAGGUGAACAACAAUGGCUGCGAGCAGAUCUGCCUGAGUGGCCGAGGAGGAGCUUGCGCCUGCCGCGAGGGAUUUCAGCUUAAGCCCAAUGGCAAGAGCUGUGAGGAUGUCGACGAGUGCCUGGUGGACAACGGAGGCUGCCAGCAGGUGUGCCGCAAUUCUCCUGGUUCGUAUGGGUGCUUCUGUGCCGCGGGCUAUGAGCUUCGCAAGCUGCACGGCUUCCGUAACCAUUGCUUCGACAUCGACGAGUGCUCGCGGGGAACUCAUGGGUGCAGCGACCAAAAGCUUUGCGAGAACCUCAACGGUUCGUACACCUGCCUGUGCCCAACUGGCUAUGCCCUGGGCGUGGAUAACCACAUCGCCGCCACGCCUAACACCUCAUUCACCCAUGACUCCAUCUCAUUGAAAUCCCCAUCAUCACCCUCAUGCUUGGACAUCGACGAGUGCUCCUUGGCCAAUGGGAACUGCUCUCAUUUUUGCCAAAAUGAGCCUGGGGGCUUCAAGUGUCUCUGUCCCUUCGGCCAUGCCCUCUCGGAGGACAUGCACACCUGCGAGGACAUCAACGAGUGUCGCGAUGAUAAUGGCCAGUGCUCACAGCUCUGCCUGAAUCAGCCGGGGGGAUUUUCCUGCGCUUGCGAUGCGGGCUACGAGCUUACCCCCGAUGGAUUCGGUUGCUCCGACAUUGACGAGUGCUCGCAGGACUAUGGCAACUGUAGCGACAUCUGCAUCAAUCUUCUAGGUUCCUUCACGUGUGCCUGCGAAAGGGGCUACGAGCUGGGCAGGGACAAGAGGUCCUGCCACGACGUGGACGAGUGCGCGGGAAUCUUUUCCGGCGGAUGCUCCCACGAGUGCAUCAACAAGGCGGGCACAUACGAGUGCGCCUGUCCCCUGGGCUACACCCUCAAAGAGGACGGCCGCACUUGUCGUCCCGUCCUGGUGGGUUGUCCCCCGGGCACUAAGCGCUCCUCCGAGGGCUGUGCUCCCAUCAAAUGUGAGGCUGGUUUUGCCGUGGGAUUGGACGACGAGUGCGAGGACAUCGACGAGUGCCUGAAGAACAACGGUGGGUGUUCGCAUCGCUGCACGAACAGCGAGGGUUCGUUCAAGUGCAGCUGUCCACCGGGCUAUGAAUUGGAUACUGAUGAAAUGACUUGCGUAGACAUUGAUGAGUGUGACCCGAGCAAAAACAGUUGUAGCGCAGGAAAGUGUGUUAAUGAGAUCGGAGGCUUCCGUUGCGAGUUCCCCGAGUACCCCAAAUUGCCGGAUAUUCCCGAGUGGCAUGAGGAGCCCAAGACGGAGUCCAAGACGCCCGAGUUUAUCGAUUUGAACGACUUGUCUAGGAACCUUCCUGAAACGCCCAAAAGAAAUUUCCCUGACUUUCCUGAGUACCCCAAAUUGGACCUUCCCAAGUGGCCUGAGAUGCCCAAGACGGAGUUCAAGAAGCCCGAGUAUCCCGAUUUGAACGACUUGUCUAGGAACCUUCCUGAAACGCCCAAAAGAAAUUUCCCUGACUUUCCUGAGUACCCCAAAUUGGACCUUCCCAAGUGGCCUGAGGUGCCCAAGACGGAGUUCAAGAAGCCCGAGUAUCCCGAUUUCAACGACUUGUCUAAGAACAUACCUGAAACGCCCAAGAGGAAACGCCCAGAGUUUCCCGAGUUGCCUGAGUGGCCCCGACGAGAGCUUCCAAGGCUCCCUCCCCUUGAUGACUUACCCACACCAGAAACACCCGUCCCUGUGCUUCCAGAGUUGCCACAGAGCCCCACGGAUAAUCAGCUUCAGCCCACGGAUCAGUCUAACCACCUACCUGAAGCACCCGAGUAUCCCGUUGUGCCGGAGAGCAAAUUCCCAGACUUGCCUGAGUGGCCACGAGCAGAGGUGCCAAGGCCUAUUGAUGAUUUACCCACACCAAGAACACCAGUCGCUAAGCCUUCUGAGCUGCCCCCACGUCCCAGGGUUAAUGAGUUGCAGCCCAGGGAUCUGUGCCCUCGAUUCCAGGCACCACGUAAUGGCAGGUCCCAAUGUAACAGGUAUCGCCAUAAGGCAAAGAACUUCUACUUCAGUCGCUGCCGGGUGUCCUGCAAUCGGGGAUAUGUCCUUCGCGGCCCGGCGAUAAAGAACUGCGGGGCCAAUGGUAUUUGGGAGGGUCCAGAGACCACAUGCGUAUCUCUCAACCGGCGUGGAAUCUGCCAUGCUCUUCAGCCCGCUCGUAAUGGGCUUAUAUCUCCGGCUAGCUGCACUCAAGGUCCAUCUAAAUUUGGAGAUAUUUGCCAACUUACGUGCAAUCCCGGCUUCAUUCCAACCGGAUCCAGUCUGGCCUCCUGUAUGAUGUUUAACGGAUGGUCCUUCGGAGCCGACCUCAAUUGCGUACCAAUUGAUAACACUUUGUUUGCCAAUGAAAUUCUGCCACCACAGUGGAAUUCUCCCUUCAAAGCGACACUCCCGACAACCCACAAAGUUCAGGUGGAUGAGCCCUUUGUCAAAUGCCCAGAGAAUGUGGUGAUCCUACUAAAUCACGGUGAGCAGAAGGCUCACGUGACACUCCAGAGGCCGAAAACCAAUGUUAAGGACGGUCGCUUGGUGGUCUAUCCCGAGUGGGCGGCUGACCUUCAGGGUCAUUUGCCAGCCGGGUUGCAUACGGUCAACUUUGCAGUAGUUUAUGGGCCCGACCGACGCACAGUUAAAUGCCGCACCAUUAUCACUGUGAAGCCAGCAAGUUUAAAUUCAUUCGGGGUUUCUUCGGUACCAGCUGGGUAUCGAAGAUCAUCACUUCCUAGACCGGCUCCAUUUGUCCCUCUAUCUUCAGGCAGUUCCUCUUCAUAUCCAGCAUUUCAGUCCUUCGACUCAGCUCCCCAAUCAUUCUCGUUUCCCACUUUUUCAACCCAUAGUUCCAUAAGAGAGGCCCCAUUGUCAACGAGUAGCUCCUCCCUAGCAGAACCUCUUUCUCGGGAAUCUUCUCUUGAGGCAAGGCCCUUUAGCUCCUUUGCCAGCCACAGUUCGCUUCAACAGGUUGAACUUCCCAGUUUUAGUUCCCCAGACACCGAGACGUUCUCCAGACCAGAUUCCUUUUCCCAAAGAUCAGCUCAGUUAGUUAGCUCUGCUCCCAGUGCGUUUGGUGAGAGUACACGGGUGGAUUUGGGUUCAGAUACCACAAACUAUUGUCCCCCCUCCUUUGAAGUCUAUCUGAAGGAGAACCAGAACUUGCGAUCAGUGGCCUGGGAUGAGCCGCGAUUCGAGGGCAAGCUGCUCAAGCUCUACAAGUCACAUUUCCCUGGUUCCUUGUUCAAGUUGGGAGAUCACACAAUCGAUUACGAAGCCACCACCACCGAUGGAAGGACUCUAAGAUGCACUUUCACCAUCUAUGUUAGGGCUCCGAGGCCUACUCCUGCUCCCAUCCAGCCAGAGUUCAACUUUGAUUCCGAACCCGCUAAUCUCAUCGCCGGCUACGGCAGCUUUGUCGUCUGUCCGGGUAAAGAGCCAGUUCGGGUGACGGCCGAUCAAUCCGUCGAACUGCCUGUGGGCUGCACUCUGAAGAACGUUCGCCCACAAUCGAGUCCGAGGAAACAACUGAAACUGGCCAAGCUCACCUCGCUGUGGCAUCAUUAUAACUUCUGAUGUGUGUAACUAUUACUAAUCUAAAUAUGUACAACAACUAUUUUUUACGUGGUGUGCCCUAAUUGAUGCGCAAUUUACUCAAAUAUUUUUGUACGAGUUUUGUAU